AUGAUUAUUAAAAAUAUUAUAAACAACAUUGGUUCUAGUUUUUUAAAGCUAGAUAAAAAAUUUAUUUAUGGUUUUAAUGGUGAAUUAUUAUGUCGUCAUAUGGAAAAAUUAUGGUUUAAUAAAUGCAUCACAAUGCCAGCAUAUAAUGUAACAUAUUUAAGAACAAGUGAUAAUAUCAAUGACACACUAAAUGACAUUAAAAAAUUUGGAAUAAUAAAUAAACCACUGGGAAUUGGUGUUAUUGAAGAAACAAAAAAUUUAUGGAAUCAUGAUAUUAUUGAACCGACAAAAUCACUUGUUCAUAAAACUGGAAAAGUAACAAUAAUAACUGAUUCAUCUGAUGGUAAAAAUUUAUAUCAUAAAUUACAAAGAGAACGUAAAAUUUGGUGGAGAAAAUUAUCAAGAGAACCAUCAAGAUUUAAAUUAACUGAAGUUAAAAAAAUUAAAACAACAAUUGAUUCUGUUGAAAUUAAAGCACAUUUUCCAUUUGGAUCAAUUCUUGUUGAGACAAUUAAUUAUCAACAAGAACCACGUAAAUUUUUUUCAAAGAUUGAAGCACCAUAUCCAGAAUGUCAAAUAAUUGAACAUGAAACAUCAUUUGAUUGGGGUUGUUUAUCAUUUAUUUGUGAUGCAUAUACAAACCUAGAUGAUGAUGAAAAAUUUCAAUUAAAAUUUAAUCCAAAAUUAGCACCAUAUAAAGUUGGUAUUUGCAUUGAAAAAAAUCCUGAUAAUGAUGAUAAAUUUAAUGAAAAACUAAAGCUAUUAAAAUAUUUAAAUAAUAAAUUAAAACUAGAAUCAAUUGAAACAAUAACAACAAAUGAUAAUGAACAAUUGGAGAAUUUUCAUGUACCAAUUAUUGUUAAAAUUGAUGAUUCAAGUUUUGAUAAUGGAAUUGUUAAAGUUUGGAGUCAAUCAACGACCAUUUAUGAGUUGGUACAUUUGAGUGAUCUUACCAGGCACGUCAUAUCAAGAUGCACCUGAAUAAUUAAACAUAAAUUCUUAUCAAUUAAUUAAAAUUAAUUCACUUAUUAUUAAUAUAAUUAUAAUUCAUUCAAUUCAACAAAAUAAAUAAUAAACAGACACAAAAAAUAACACUCAA